GAUCUGCGUAUGGUGCGGUAGUUUAUUUUUCUACGUCCACCUUCAUAUGUGUACAGAGGCCACGAAUCGGUGCUGACUUGUGAUCCCUGAGUUGUAAUCUUUUACUAUCUACGUGUUAUCGAAUGUGGAACACGAAGGAGCGCCGCAGCUGGAUGCUUGUUUUGUUCAUUGGUUCCAUCAGUCUUUAUGCAUCCCGUACAGUUCUUCCCAUCUGUUCGGUCUCGCUUUCAAGUGAACUUCAGUGGAACCGACAGGAGACAGGUAUGGUCAUGGGAGUGUUCUUCUGGGGCUACGCUCUGACACAAUUUCUGGCUGGUUAUCUCAGUGAUCGGCUUGGUGGUGAACGAGUAAUUCCGUGCACAUCAUUUGUCUGGUCCUUCCUCACUCUCUCCUUCGUGUACAUUCCUCAGAUCUCACCCGACUCCGCUACGACCUUCACUCUGUUCGUCUUCAUUCGGUUCUCUCUUGGGGUGUUUCAAGGUAUAUCCCCAUUGUUUUACUUUUGUUCAGUCCCGUAUUGCGCUUAUUGCACUCAGUUUUUAUUACCCCAGUUUGGUGAGUCUAAUGGCCAAACGCGUUCGGUCGAGCGAGAGGAAUUUCACACAUGCCGUACUGAACGCUGGGACGCACUUGGGUCUGUGCUAACUUACAUUCCUUCAGGUUUUUAUUACCCCAGUUUGGUGAGUCUAAUGGCCAAACGCGUUCGGUCGAGCGAGAGGAAUUUCACACAUGCCGUACUGAACGCUGGGACGCACUUGGGGUCCUCUCUUGAAGCUAUUCAACGUUCCGGAAAUGUGCCUUUAUUUUGCAGCACGCUGAUUUGCGGUUCUUUGGGCUCUAGUCUUGUGGCGAACAACGGAUGGAGAGCACCGUUCGCUGUGAUUGGUCUUUUCGGUUGUUUUUGGGCUCUCACCGUUCAUUUCUUGAUGAAUCCUCAAAGAGUGAAAGUUUCAACCUCUUUGAUUUUUCCGGUUCAGUUAAGUUCGAGUGGUCUACCAAUACUGGCCGAUCAGGCUGAGGUAAAGCAUCUUCCGAAUUCUGAGGCUGUAGAGAUCGCCAAGUGUCCAGGGGUCACUCAGUUUUCGCCGACAUCUAAACACAAAACCAAAUCCGAUGAGAUAGCUGUGAUAAGACCAUUACCUUGGGUUGUGUUUCUUCGUCAUCCGUCUUUCUGGGCCAUGCUGUUUGCGAAUUUCGUCCACAACAAUUGCUUCUAUAUUAUCCUCAAUUGGUGUCCAUCCUACUUUCACGAUAACUACCCCGAUGCUCGGAGCUGGGUGUUUAAUACCUUUCCAUGGUUGGUGAUGUUUCCAUCGGUUCUUCUUGGUGGCAUGAUCGCAGACCGGUGGAUUGCCCAAGGUGUAGAUGCGACCUUUGUACGCAAAGCUGUUAACACGGUCGUCCUGCUUGGUUCAGCAAUUUUUCUCUUGUUGCUGUCCGUAUUGGAAAGCUACUACGCUUCAUUGGCUUCCAUGGCCUUGGCUCUCGGGUGUUUGGGAUUCCACAGCAGUGGUGUCCUUUUGAAUGCGCAAGACAUUGCUCCUCAGCACGGUGGACAGAUGUAUGGCGUCAUGGCAACCGUUGGAACACUUCCCGGAUUCUUCGGUGUUUAUUUAGCUGGCUAUCUAUUGGAAAUCACCCAUCGUUGGUCGCCGGUGUUCUCUCUUACUGCCCUGAUCAAUGUGAUUGGUUGGUUAGUUUAUUCACGGUACGGUUCCUCCAAGCCACUGAUCUAAAAACCUUGAAAAUGGUGUUCCUUUUCGACUUUGCAUUUCUUGCCUUAUUUUUUACUACGGUGUGAAGAGUAACGUGUAAUCUAUUAUCACCACACGCACACGCACUACCCGUUCAGUUUAUUCGGGCGGUGCAUCUUCUCUGGUGGUUCUAUAAGAUCUCGCUAUUUGAACCGUUCCCAGUUAUCGGGUAGUCGGACCUGGAUAUUUGCUGUGAAUUGCGUCCUUUUUGCUUAAGUUACUUUCCCAAUAACCCCUUUUUGUACUUCAACUUAUUUUGUUGUUGCUCUGACUUUCAAAUAUACGGAGCUUGAACUAAG